UUGUGAAUCAAUGAAAACAUGGAAUGUUAAUUUUGACAGUUGUGAAGAAAAUGAUGUACCCUUGUAAUUUAUUUGAAAGUAGUCAAUCGCAAUGAAGACAAUAGUUUAACCAAACAAUUAACAAUGCCAUCGUCAGGUCUGUCAAUUAACGAAGCGGACAUUGUCCGAUUAAUAUUGGAGUUUCUCCAAAACCGCGAACUCAACAUCUCUAUGUUGUCGGUCGAGAGAGAAACGGGGAUUGUGAAUGGAAUUUUCUCAGAUGACAUGUUAUUUCUUCGUCAGCUUAUCCUAGAUGGUCAGUGGGAUGAUGUCAUUGAAUUCAUUCAACCUCUUGGUUCCAUCGAUGGUUUUGAUUUGCAGAAAGUUCAGUACAUUGUCAUGAAACAUAAAUAUCUAGAGUUGCUUUGUAUAAAAUCCGAACCAAGUGCAUUUCAAAAUUAUGAACUGACAGUAGAUGAAGUUGUUAAAUGUCUUAAUAAUCUUGAAAGUCUUUGUCCUUCAAAGGAAGAAUAUAAUGUUUUAUGUUUGUUAUUGACUGUUCCAAAACUAUCUGAUCAUUCUGAAUAUACCAACUGGAAUCCAAGUAAUGCUAGAGUGAAAUGCUUUAAUGACAUUUGCCCUUUUAUUGAGAAAUUCUUAACUUCUGAAAAGAAAAAGACUCUUGCUGAAAAUGACCGCCUAAUGCAGUUGAUUCUGAAAGGGAUGCUGUAUGAAUCAUGUGUUGAGUUUUGUCAGACCCAAGCUACGAGUACCAGUAAUGAGGGAAAUGAGGAAUUAGAGUUGUCAUUUCCUUCUGUAUUCAGUAAUUCAGGAUUUAGUGAUGCUGACUUAAGUUUAUUAUCUUGGUUACAGUAUAUACCAUCAGAAACAUUUUCUUGCCCGUUUGAACAGAAACCUUUGAAGGUUGAUGUGGAUCCAUUAGUGAAGCCAUCACUAGAAGCUUCAUGGUCAGAACAAAUUUUAGUAACUCCAAUUAAACCAAAAAUGUUUCCUCAUUCUGCUGUGCCAACCUCACGACCAAGGUCUGCUGACUUCAUGACCAGAUCAUUAAACCCUCAGUUUGAUGGUCUUGCUUUUGGACUUUUAAAGAGCAGACCUAUUGGUAUGACGCAAUCAAUCAACACACCCAAUUCGCUGUCUCGAUCAAUUACUCCAGGCUUUGGUCUAGAUGGGGCUAAGAAAAACCCAAUGUUAAUGUCAAUCGACAGACUUUUUUCACAAGGGGAAGUGUUAAACACAGAGGCAUCAAUAAGUGUGUCUGAAGAACCUAGAUCACCUUUAUUAAAGUCAAGCAAUGCUUACACUGCUAAGAAAAUCUCUAUUGAACCUACAGGUAGAAAAACACCACCAAAAAUUGAAACACCUCCAAUGUCUCAAGCUAAACGGAAAAGUUUGACAGGUGAUUCACAGUCACCACGGUCUCAAUCCCCAGCUAGGACAGUUUCUACAAAGGAAAACAUCAGUGAUGUCUCAGCUAGCACAGAACUUUUACAUGAAUACCAAAAACAAAAGCAAAAAUUAAAGGAAAAGCUUGAGAAACAGGACAUGGAGAGAGAAAAAGUGCAGAGAGAAUUGAUGGAGAUAAUGAGAAGACAAGAUGAAAUUGUGAUUCAGAGUCAAGAAAGGCCAUUUCAAACACAGGAUGAUUUCGAUUUAGAUACGCCACAACAAAUGGCACUGGGAAAUGGCCCAGUAUCAGCACCAGUGACUCCUUAUUCCCAUGAAGGUUACAAUAUCUUGGAAACACCGCAAUUCACUCCCUUUAUAACACCAACGCAUCAUAAGACACCCCUCCCUGGACCCCCUAUUUUUGAUUUAACAAAUAAUAUUUCUGAUAGUGAAACAGACAGCACAUUCAUUGAGAAUGACAAAAACAAUUUAGUGGCUAAUACAAGUAAAACAGUAAAGGCUUUGGUUAAUCAGGAGGUGAAAGAUAACUUGAAUAAAGACAGCUCAAGGGGAAAUAACUCUACUCUGGACCAAAACAGCAUUGUUGAAAAUUCAGAUCAGCAAACUGAUAUGACAAAUAAAAGAAAUAAGUCCAUAUCUUACAGUAUACCAACAGAAAAAUCUGAUUUGAAUAAGAUUGGCUCAAGUGCUACUUUACCAAGAAGGAGUGGACCAAAAACCAAGGGAAGUGUUCAAACCACUGGCACAGUUUGUCGUUCAAAACUGCCAGGAACCAAAAAACCUGGUCUUAGUCCAGGGCCUACAUGUAGCACUCCAAAAUGCAGUCCAAGCAAAUCUAGUCCAGGACCUAGCACUCCAAAGAGCAGCCCAAGCAAAUCUAAGACAUCACCAACAAGACCAAAUUCACUGAAAGUUCCAAGUAAAUUAGACAGAACUAAAACAGGGUCUUCUCCCCUUGGAAGCAGAGAAACCAAGGCUCAUAGAGACAGUCCAACAACAGUGCAACAUAGAGCAAGCCCAAAACCAAGUCCAGAACAAGUCACAUCUAGUCCAAGAAGGCAACCAAAACAGAUUGAAAACAAAAGCAACAAACCAAGAUUUGUACCAGUGGCCAGUCUAGAAGAUGCUCAAGCUAUUAGAACCGUUACCUUUCAUCCUGCAGGGAACUUGUUUGCUGUUGGUUCAAACUCCAAAAUACUCAGAAUAUGUGAAUUUCCUGAUGUAUCUAACCUAAGUGAGAACUGUAUCGUAGAAGAUGCCAAAGUUGUUCACAGGAAGAACAAGCACCACAAAGGAUCCAUAUACUGUUCAGCCUGGAGUCCUCUUGGAGAUAUGAUAGCGAGUGGCUCUAAUGAUAAGACCAUUAAAAUGUUCAAGUUUGAUGUAGAUAACUGCACAGAUGGACCAGAAAUGGAAUUAACAUGUCAUGAUGGCACUAUCAGAGAUUUAGUUUUCAUGCAAGAUACCAUAAAUAGAUCAUCAUUACUGGUCAGUGGUGGUGCUGGUGAUUGUAAAAUCUAUGUUACAGAUUGUGAAACAGGAAUGCCUGUCAGGGCAAUGAUGGGACAUUCAGGUCAUGUUUAUUCAUUACAUACAACAGGAGGCUGCAUGUUUGUCAGUGGGUCACAAGACAAGACUGCCAGAUUCUGGGACCUAAGAGCUUCAACAGCUAUUACAGUUGUACCUAGUGCUACAGGAAGUGCAUUUGCAUCAGUUUGUAUAGAUCCCUCUGGACGUCUGCUAUCUUCUGGACACGAAGAUGGCAGUAUAAUGCUGUAUGAUAUUAGAGGCUCCAGAGGGAUACAGAACUUUAAACCACAUAAAGGGGAAUGUCGAUCAGCAAGAUUUUCGAUGAAUGCAUACUACCUUUUGUCUACUUCAUAUGAUCAAAAGGUUGUCUUGACAGAUUUGCAUGGUGACUUAUUAAAGCCUUUACCAAGUGUAGUUGUAGCAGAACAUCAAGAUAAGGCGCUGCAGUGCAGAUGGCAUCCCUCUCAACUAGCAUUUGUUACAACAGGUGCUGAUAAAACUGCAGUAUGUUGGGGUCUUCCAGUAGUCUAAAGUAAAACCAACAACCAAUAUAUAUAUCUGUUCAGGCCUUUGUCUUUCUUUUAUUGUUAUGCUUAGUAAUACACAAGUGUACUGUAUUUAUAAGAAAGAGGAUUGAUUAGUUUUAAUGUGUUUGUGGCGACAUGAUCGUGUUGGUAAAGAUCUGAUCUAAUGUAACAUGUAAUAUAUUUAUUUAUUGAA